AACAUCACAGACGCCUCAGCUCCGGAGCGUCACGCUCCUCUGCACGGGAGACAGUGGCGGCUGCUCGGCUCGGUUUGGUUUUUUUAGGGAUUUUUUUUUUAAGUGUCACCAGCUAAGAAAUAUGUUUCAUUCACGUCGGAUCAGGGAUUGAAAUCAUGGCUGAGAGCGUCGGGUACAGUUUAGGAGCGCCUAAUUUGUUGACUAGGAAGUACCGGUUGUUCUGAUCUGGACGACGCGAACACGAAGUAAAAAGAAAAACAACAGUUACUUUGACUAAAAAUAAUAAUAAUAAAGAAAUUAGACAGGGUCGGCUUGUUUUAGCUGUCAUUCGAGGUCUGUUUCUCUGAGUAGACGGUUAAUACUCGUGAAAUGGACCGAGGAGGCUGUCAGAUGAGCGGCGGAGGAGGAGGAGGCGGCGGCGGCAACGACGCCAUCGACCAACACGGGAUGAUCACCCUGGAGGACCUGGAGUCCUUCUCCGAGGAGCAGCUGUCAGAUUCGGGCAACGGCAGCUUGGAAGAGGAGGGAGAAACUAUGGAGGCAGAGGACGGUUCAGAACGACUGCUACGUUACUGGCAGGAAGUGGCGAGAGGCCACCAAGUCGAAGUUUCUCCAGAUAUGGCCGAACCAAUUCAGCAGCUAAGUAGCGACAACCAAGGACGUAGUCAAAGAGAGCACAUCCCAUUCACCCUCCUACUGCGAAAAGAAAAGUGUGGGGAGCAGCUCUAUGAGAAACGGAACUAUGAAAAGGGCCACUGGGCUUGCAUAACUAUGCAUGAGGACACAUACGAACAGAGCAUCUGCUACGGUUUCAUGAAAUUAAUGAGAUACAUUUGUCAACAGAACUCCUUAGGAGACUACCUUGGUAUGACGUUGCCCAUCGUGACAAUAGUGCGGACAAAUGAGAACCACUCAGUGAUCUCCCAGGAUGUCACUGUGGCAUACUACCUUCCUAUUGAGCAUCAGGCCCAGCCGCCACAACCGUACGAUAACGAGAUCGUCAUCGAAGUCUGGCCAGCCGCUACCGUAUACACAAGGGCGUUUAGUGGUCCCACCAACGAAGUGACCAUCAUCAACCAGAUCAACACCAUGGCGGAGCUGCUGGACUCCCCUGCCGUGUGCGUCAACGACUCGUUCAUCGUGGCCGGCUACACCAACCCGGCUCACAGCAACCGUCAGAAUGAAAUCUGGUUCCUGGAGCGACGCUGACCGGACAGAACCAUCCUACCUGUGAACCUCAAGCCUCAUGAACUCUUGACACUGCCACAGCUCAGCUAGCAGCCUCAGGUUCCAGACCGUUUUAAGUCACCAUCCUUCCCCUGAAACAACCACCAGCCUAGCAUACUUCAAAACCGGCAGGUUUUGAGUUAAAAACUACAAAAAAAAGAAAAAAUCUUUCCCUUUCCAUCGUUUUAGAUCGACCUUUAUUUCACCUGAUCUUGACCACUGCCAUACACCUAUUAACACAAACCAAUGCUAAACGAAGCAGUUUGUUCUCCUUCUAGCUGGAUGCGCCCUCUUUGGUAAAGUGUGAUAGCUUCAUCUGUUAGCGCUUUGUGAUCCACUGAGGUUAGGUCAGUCAAUGCACAGGAAGCAGCUCCCAGUGGACGCACAGUUUGUUGUGUAGCCAUAAUCAUGUUCAGUCAUGUUGAGGACGCUGCUGUUCCUCUGGAAUAAAAUAAAACACGUCUUACAGGUGAACGGGAUGCUGACCACACUGCAUACUUUCCCUCAGCAGUAAGUGCAAUAUUUCUUAGAUGACUUAAAAGCAACAAGGUGGUUUCUGUAGGUUGGGGAGCGUGAAGCAAGUUCAAGGCCCUGAUCAGAUCAGAUCCAGGAGACUUUAUCAGGACUGAAGCUAGUGGCCUAAGCGGUAUUUGAGCUAAGCACAGAAAGAAGGCGACAUGUUUGUAAAUGAAUGUAGAGCUCCAGGGUAUCACACUUCAACAAACCAAAUGCCAACAGAUCCUAUCUGCUAAAUGACAAUCAAAACCAGCACCAGAUUCUGUACAGCGUGUUUCAGCUAGUGAUCCAAGAUUAAUGCAUUCCUCCGGCUCCAAGACUUGUUUACACACAAACUCAAGUAUUUCUAAGUACCUGCUGUCUAUUUCUGCUGGCCACUCUGUGUCGGUGUUAGAGUUCGCUAAUGCAUCGUAAGCACUACUGCUGCUAAAUAGAUGAUUAAGUCACAGAAAUCCUGAGUAUAUUUGCUUGUAAUUAGAAAAGCUGAUUUUAAUGUUUUUAAUCUGACGAUGUUUCUGAUGUUCUGUCUCCGAUUAAAGAAAGCGUUUCUGUUUCUGCAGGGUGUCAAAAUCAAACUGGAGGUAGACCUGAUAAAUGAUCACUGUGUGAUGGUUUUUCUCCAGAAUGGGGCUGUCUAAAGCUGCGUUUCUAUUAACCAUAUGCAGGGUUUCCCCCAGAAAACUUGCUAGGGAAGUUUUCUGGGCCAGCGGCUAAAAAGUGUUUAAAGUUGGCAGGAACUUUGAAAAUAUCAUUAACAACACCUAAAACACCAACUAUAAAUGUAGCUCUAAAAAAAUACAAUUAAAUAAAAAUAAAAAUAUUUUUCUGUA